CCUCUGUGCGUUUUGCUCUGGACAGGCAUCGUCAACACCUAGUCCACGACAUGGAUUCGUCUUUCCCAAUGUCCCAGCCAUCAGCCUCUCAGCCACAGAAUGCUAUAAAAAUCUUCGUGGCCGCAGAUGACUCUCCCUUACCAAUAUUCGUCGACUCGAAUGGCAUAACUGACAAUCGGCCCUGGCUCAUCAGAACUUUGCGUACUCAUGGUGCAAAGAUAUGCCCCGACGUCUCUCUCGCGCGAAUCAUCCUCGUUGAACCGAACUCAUCCUCAGGUCGCCAGUUCGUUCGCGAAUGGGGCAUGGAUCCAGGAAAGGUGAUUCUCGAUGUUACGUGGCACCGCCGCUGUCUAGAGGCUGGCCGUGCACUACUCGAAAAUGAUGCAUUUGCCGGUUGUGGUGAUCUUGACGGUAGUCCGCUCGAAGGCGAUGCAGCCGACGAGGAGGAACAAGGUCUAUUCUCGGAAAGCAAGGCAUCAGCCUUAAAUGGCAAAGCCACACGACAACCGACUAAAUUGAGUGCCGCGCCGCGAACUUCGAGGCCUUCGAACAUGAACAAUGACCGCUCUUCAGCUUUAACCCAACCACGUCCGACUCCCAACGAUUAUGGUCCUACAAACGCUGAUGCACUCGCAGCAGGACACGAUAAUCUUUCCGCUUCGCAAAGGCUACCUACCCCGCCAUCCACGUCCAUGUCUACGCAAUUUGAGCCAUCUUCAGCGAAUAUACACCACAUGCAGCCAGGGAUGCCUCAAAAUAUGGCACCUCCGUUUGGACAACUUGUACCUCAAUCGCAAUUUCCACCAGGGCAUAUGAACCCUCAAGCGAUGCAGGCAUUAAUUAUGAGCAACCCAGAGAUGGCAGUGAUGGCAUACAAUAUGGUAAUGGGCAUGGUCAGUGGCGGACAGAUGGCCCCACAAGGAUGGCAAGGGCAGCAAUCACCUCCCCCUACAUUCAUGCAACCGCAACCCGGCUUCCAAAUGAUGCAACCUCCGCAGUCUCAACCCGUUUCGUCUAUGCUUCCUCCAGACACGAAUGGACACCAUGGAAGCGCAUCCACGACAAGACACGACGAGGACACAGCCAUGAAGGCAGACAACCGAAGUCCGCCACGACCCUUCUCGCCAUUACCUGACAUUACAACGUUCGAGGAUAGUGAUAGUGACAGCCCUCCACCAAAUUUAUCAAUUCUUUCGCAAAGGGGGAAAAAGCGCUUUCGAGACUCCCACAGCAAUCGCUCUUCUAACUCAGGGAAGCGCUCGAGAUCACGAUCACCUCCGAGUUUAACUGACAAGAAACGCAAAAAGCGGUCCUCUGUAAUUUACGACGUUACCGAACAGCGCGAUCCGAUCAAAAGCGAUCGUCCUCCUCCAGUGGGAAUCUUCACUUCUGACAAUGGAGAGCAGAUGACGUUCUUUGUACAAAUUCAACUGAGGAAUAGGGCUGAAAUGGCGAGGAAAAUUAGGUUAAAUGGCGGUAAAUUAGUGCCGGAGUUGAGAGACGCGGAGUUCAUUAUACUCGACACGCGGCCAGGAAAGGACAGGGAUCAGUGGAUGAAGUCCGUCGUUGAUCUAAAGCGAUAUGCUUUACGCCCAGGAUUCGUCGAAGCCUGUAUUAACUCAGGUGGCUUGGUCGAAGAGGACGACUUUUACGUUGAGCCCGUGAACAAAUCUGGAAAAUCCCACCCGUCAAGAAAAAAGAAAAGGGAGGACAGUGUUGAAACAGAAGACAGAAACUCUCCUUCCCCCAGCCCGAUCUCCCACAAUCACGAUAGGCGACAAAGCAGUACUGAUGGCCUUCGAACACCUUCACCUCCACUCGCGCCGACAAUGAUGCUAUCGGGCGGACGUUAUGCUUUCACAGCUGAGGAAAUUGCAUACGCUCCGAAGUUCGCGGAGCAUCUUAUUCGUAAGAAUCCCGACAUUACGAACUAUCAGAUAGCGACGCAGUUGGCGAAAAAGACUUCCACGCACCCGCAGGCUUCCUGGUUCAGCAAGUUACAAGGGCAGUUGCGAUCACAGAUCGAACGUAUACGAGAGAAGGUACCUAAAACAGUCACGAGCCCAAAUGUCACUCUUAACGGGAGCGAGCGGGAAGAAAAUCAGGUUGAGGAGCAAUUGAUGCAGGAUGCAAACAGUGCGCCUCGGUUGAACGGCAAUAAUGCCAAGCAAAGGGAGGGGCAGAAAGCUGAGCAGGUGGAAGACGGAAGAAGACCAGAACAAUUAUCCGAAGAGGAACGAUCGAGACUUCACAACGUCGACCUGAAGACGAUCGUCGAUUUCUUUGCUAGUCCACCAAACGGUAUGGACGAUGACGACGCUUUAUGGGCGGCAAUUACGGAUUCGUAUACCUGUCAUACAGCCCCAACCUGGCAAGAUUUCUAUGAGUCAAACCAGGAGGUGGUGAACCAACGACUGCGCGAAGCACUAACCAUGCCAUCAGAAAGGGCGGCAUCCAAUGCAACGUCGUAGCGCUAGUGGUAGUUUUCAAUUUGCCUGGAACACGUAUACCUAACAUAUUGCUGUUUUAUCAAUUAUUUUGCCCCAGAAAAGGGUAUUCACUGGUGCAAAAGGCGGAUGUUUGCCAUGUUAUCCUAACU